UUAGGUUGGACUAUGACACACACACACACACACACACACACACACACACACGCACACUGAUAAAACCACCCAGGUUUCCUCCCCUUGUACUUCCUGUCCUUCAGAUGUCGUGGCGUUCGUCCUUUCGCUGCUCAAAGUUUCGUCACGUCUUCGGGAAGCCGGCCACCAAGGAGCACAGCUACGACGGGGUGCCGAUCACACGCAGCGUCCACGACAACCACCACUGCUCAGCCAACCCCUGCUUCAUCGCCGUGGUGACCGAGUGCGCCGGAGGAGGGUCCUUUUUGGUCCUGCCCAUCCAUCAUACAGGCAGAGUUGAUCCUCAGCACCCGAGGGUGUGCGGUCACAGCAGCAGAGUCCUGGACGUUAAGUGGAACCCGUUUGACGAUCACUGCAUUGCUUCGUGCUCAGAGGACUGCACUGUGAAGAUCUGGGACAUCCCAGUCUGUGGUGUCCAACAGGACCUCACCUUGGCCAGGAAGACUCUAAUUGGUCACUCCAGGAGGGUAGGGCUUAUUGAGUGGCAUCCAACCGCUGAGAAUCUACUGCUUAGCUCCGCCUACGACUACAAGGUGCUGUUGUGGGAUGUGUCCCAUGAAGGUGCGGUGCUCAGGUACCCGGUCCGUAUGGUUUUGAUGCCGAUCCACCACCAUUACCCGUCCGAGACGCUGCUGUUGUCUGUCAGCUUCAAUAGUGAUGGCAGCAGGCUGGCAGUCACAUCCAAAGACAGACGGGUUCGAGUCCUGGACCCGCGGACAGGGAAGAUUUUACAGGUGUCCAGCAGUAAGUCCCACAGGGCCAGUAAGGUUUUAUACAUUGGAGGGUUGAAGAUGCUGCUGUCUACUGGCAGCUCGCCCUGGAACCACAGACAGAUUGUUCUCUGGGACCCUGAUGACUUAUCUGAGCCUCUGUACGAAGAAGAUUUGGACGGGUCUGCAGGAGUUCUCUUCCCGUUCUAUGACCCAGACACACAUAUGCUCUACCUGGCUGGAAAGGGUGAUGGGAACAUCAGGUACUAUGAGCUGAGUGCUGAGAAACCUUACAUCAGCUUCCUGACGGAGUACAGGUCACUGCUGCCACAGAAAGGACUGGGAGUGAUGCCAAAGCGCGGCCUGGAUGUGAGCGCCUGUGAGGUUUUUCGAUUUUAUCGUCUGAUCGCUGUCAAAGACCUGGUGGAACCACUGUCAAUGAUCGUACCACGAAAAGAGUCAGGUAUUUUUCAAGAGGAUCUGUACCCAAUGACAGCAGGAAACCAGGCGGCCAUGACAGCUCAGGAGUGGCUGUCAGGGAUCAACAGAAGCCCAGUACUGAUGUCUCUGAAGCCUGGGACUAGAGUAGCCAACCCUUACCCAGAAACCCCUGCUGACAAGGGGCUAGUGAGGCAGCUGAGCUGGUUCCAGAUGAGCCCAGCUGUUGGCACGGUGCCAGGAUCAGACCUGGACUUUAUGGAGGAGGCCUUCCUCGAGGAGCAGCUGGCCUACCAAGACGCCAAAUACCCGAGGGAGGUGAGCGAUCUGUCGGGGUGGCAGCCAGAUGAGACGCAGGCCCCGCUGUGGACGUACUGCUGCACGCCGCACUGCUGCGAACCCGCAGAGAGACCGCCACCCACAACCGAGAGCGAGCUCCUUCAAGCAUUUUACAGACAGCAAGACGAGAUUAGAGGCCUGAGAGAACAACUUCAUCAGAAAGACGUGAGGAUUGCUCAACUGGAACUAGAGAUCAAAAACACCAGAAACAACAUGAGGGCAACUUUCUGAUUCGACCGAUCUGCUCUCACCGUUGCUGUUUUCACACCGAACCAAUCGAACUGCUCAACGUUUCCAACCAAUAAAAGAAAGACACCACUUGA